AAAAUAACAAAUUCCUUUUCCGGGAAAUGGUUGUCUUAAUUUAGUUUUAAGCUCUUUGACUUUUAGUCAUUUUCGUGGACAUUAAUCUAUAUAAAGAAGUAUAAAAUAAGAAAACAAUAAUUGAAGUGGCUUGGAAAGCUGCAAAUAGACAACUAUGCAGUUUUUCUCACAGUGAAUUGGAGCAGCUUCUCCGAAUCCAAUGUAAGUUGAUUAUGGCAUUUAUAGCAAAAUUGCCUGUUUCUUGAAUUUGUCAGGAUUUCUCUCUAAUUUUAAAGAAGUAACUGUAACCACUAUCCGACAAAAGCCAAAGUGAGUGAAUUAUUAAAGGACAGAAGUCAAAGGAAAUCAAGUAACAAGUUUUUAUGAAGUAUAAUGACAUUGCUGAUAUCUCAGUAAAGAAGAAGCUCUCAUACUUCGAGAAGACUGAUUUCGUGAUGAGACAGAUAACAGAAAAUGCAAGAAGAUCAAGAAACUCAAAAUUCCAGUCACCUAAAUGAAACCAAUGAUGUCCUGCGAACAAGACCCAGACAGAUUCAAAAUGAACUCCUAUUAAUCCUAUUAGGACCUCCUAAACAGAAACUUCUGGAGUGUGAACAAAAAGCAAAGUUUCAUUUCAGCAUUCACCAAUAUAAACAAGCAAUAAGAGAACUGGUACGUGGAGUGGCACUAACAAGAAUUUGUUAUGGAGACCAUCAUUGGAAACUAGCAGAAGCACAUGUUAACUUGGCUCGAGGAUACCUACAGAUGAAAGGACUAUCAUUACAAGCAAAACAACAUGCAGAAAAAGCUAGAGAAAUUCUCAUCGCCAGUUCCUUUUUGCCUUCCUCUGAAGAAAGCAUACAUGUUUUCAGAUGUUCAAUUGACCUUUUUCAUACUUUGGGGAGAGCUCUAAUGGCACUUGAGAAAUUAAAGGAAGCCUCACAAAAUUUAACAAAAGCUGAGAGACUUUCAAAGGAGCUAUUAGACCAUGGAAAACUUUUAAAGGAAGAAUGGAUAGAAAUUCAAGCCAAAAUCAAGUUGACUUUUGCACAGCUGUACCAGAUGCAAAAGAAAUCAGAAGAAGCUUUAUCCUACUAUGAAGAAUCUCUGAACUAUACUGAGAGUAGUAAAGGUAAAAAUAGUCAAGACUGUAUCCCAGUAUUGAAGGAGAUGGCAGGUGUUGAACAGAUUCUGGGAAAUUAUAUUGCAGCAGUUGACCAUCUUGUACAGGCACAUCUCAUCAUCCAGAAUCAAAAUCCUUCUGCAGAAGAAGAAGCAGACUCAGCACUCUCAAUUGCCCAUGCUGCCUUUGCCUCUUCAAGACCUGAGCACAAUGAUGUGGCAGAGCAAUAUUUUCAAGAGAGUAUGACUAUCCUUAAGAAAGCCAGAGGAAUAGCCAAUGACAAAUAUUUUGCAGUUCAAGAUGAAUUUUGCCAUUUUCUUCGUACUACUGGUAAGCUAAAGAGAGCAACUCAAAUACUGAAGGAAUCAUUAGAUGCCAAAAUAGCAACAUUUGGGGAUGUCAGUCCUGAAGUAGCUAAGACUUACUGUCUCCUUGGAAAAGCAGACCUGGCACAUGGAGACCAGAACAUGGCAUACAAGAAAUUUAAGAAGUGUCUUCAAAUUCAGAUUCUUGUAUAUGGAUCUCAAGAUAAAAGGACAAUAGCCACCCAACAGAUUCUUGACUCAUUAUCAAAGAUUCCAGAGGAUAUAGCAAGACAAAAACAAUCUAAUAAAGCAAGACCACCAUUUUGUGCUGUUUUUCCACAACAUACCAUAUUAGGAGGGACUAAGACAAAUAUACAUGACUGAUAUUUCUUACCUUCCCCAGUGUGAUUUGAUUUUGCCAUACAACCAAUUGUUUAUGUUUUAGGUGCCAUGUGUGCACUCUCCAACUAGAAGAGUGAAGAGUAAAAUAUAAUCCAAUGUCCAUUUAUUAAGUGCCUACUAUGUGUAUAGCACUGUGCAGCAAGAGUACUUUAAAAAUGGCCUCAUUGCUGUAACAUGUACUGACAGGAAAUAGUGACAUAGUGAAUUGCCCAGGGAUCAUGUUUUUACAAUUGACUAUCUUAGGAUAGCUUGGUGUUUUUUAAGACUUGGAACCACUUCAGAGUUUUGUUUUGUUUUUUUGUUGUUGAUGGAAAUUCUUUCAACAUUCAAAACUGCCAAAGUAAUAAAAUGUUUUGAGCAUUAAGCUAUAGCCAUUUAUGUGGUUCAUCUGAUUGAACACAUUAGCUUCUUGUACAGGUUUGGAGUUGCAUUUGGAGCAAUAAAAUCCAGUAAAAAGCUUUUUUAGAAGAAAUCAAUAAUGACUUGAGAAUGAAAUGCUAAUAAAAAAAGAACUUCAAACUACCACUAUAG